GUCACAAAGUGUACAGGUGUUGCAUGAGUGUAUUAGUAUAGUGUGUGAGUAUCCACAUGCUUUCAUUUCAAGCAGGGAACUGUUACAAUAUGACAGGAGUCCGGUCUACACAGAUUCCAUAACUUUUCAAAAAGUAUAGUUUUGAUAGACUUUAUCAACAUUUGUCUGUAAAUUCCUCUGGCACUUUGAUGGAAGGAUGGGGACAGUCUCUGAAGAAGUUAGGAGGCUUUUGAAUGACUGUGAGCUGUUUGUAUCAGAUAUCCUACAGGAUGAGAACCUCAGUAAACACGCCAGGGAAACACGGGACGUCUUGCUUAAUAACUUCAGGGUGAUCUACUCCAGAAAUCCUCAGGCGUUUCCCUUCAGAUCUGAGUCCAGACAGGAGGACAGUUCAGAUGACAACCAGAGCUCCAGUCUGGGCCGCUCGGCCCCCUCAGAAGACCUGUCAGUGGCCUCUGACUACCAGGACGAGGGCUCUCCCGACUACUUUGAGGAGAUCCAAAUGGUGGCAGCCCAGGAUCUCAGCAACAUCUUGAAACAAGGCUACCUGGAGAAGAAACGACAAGAUCACAGCUUCUUCAGCUUAGAAUGGCAAAAGCGAUGGUGUGUCCUCAAAAACACAAUAUUCUACUACUUUGGGAGUGACAAAGACAAGCAGCAGAAGGGCGCCUUCUAUAUCAAGGGUUACAGUGCAGAGAUGGUGGCCAACCUACGUAAAGACUCCAAGAAAAAAGCCUGCUUUGAGCUGAGUUCCCCUGGCCGACACUCCUUCCAGUUCACUGCUAGCAGUGUGCGAGAAGCCAGGGAAUGGGUGGACCAGAUCAACUUUGUCCUGAAAGAUUUGAGUUCCAGCUUUAUCCCCUUUGAGGAUGAGACCUAUGAUGACAUUGAGGGGGUGACGGGGGUGGCCAGCCGUCCCCCUUGGCCCGCCCCCUUCCCGGUCCUGCCCCAGCAGGUCAAAGCCUCUCUCAGUAGCCAGGAGGAAGGGAAGCCCAGCCAGUGGGAAGAACAGGAAGAGGAUGAUAUCUACGAGGUGCUCCCAGAGGAUGACAUUCCAGGAUCCAUUGAGGAGAUUAGUGAGAAGAGCACGAAACCAGUGUGGUCCAUAGACUAUGCCAAUUACUACCAGGGCUUGUGGGACUGUGAGGCAGACGAGACUGAUGAGCUGGCCUUCCAAAGAGGUGACCUCAUCUACAUCGUCAGUAAGGUCAGCAUCAACAAGGAGUAUAACAUCAAUGGCUGGUGGGUCGGAGAGCUAAACGGAACCGUCGGUAUUGUCCCUAAAGACUUCCUCCAUCCUGCCUACAUCCUCUGAGCUCCCAAGAGUUGAGUGAUGUGACUGACUACAUUCUCAAUCCCCAACACCGAACACUUCGAGAUUGAUGACAGAUUGACCUUUUUUAUUAUUUUGUAAUAUAGCGUUAUGCUGUUAGUGUCAUUGUUGUUGUAUGUUUUUGUAAAGAUAUGCUUCAUUUCCAUGCAUAAAUUACAUUACCAUGGUUCUUCUGAGGCAUUUGGUGUAUACAUCAAAUUCUGGAUAAUGCUGACGUCACAAAAAGGUUUCCUCUGUUCAAUUGUUUCCAAUGAACUGGUGCCUUCAACAGCCUUGUGUCUGAGGCUACAGUGCUUCUUAUUUUGAUGCUGACUUCAAAUAUGUAGGCCACAAGGGGUCAGGCAUGCUCCCUGGUGCGAUUUAGUUAUUUUUCAAUGAAGUGUUUGAAAUUGUAAUACCUGAUCAUUUGCAAUAAGAAAACAUAUUUAUUUUUUUAUUUGAGCCUGUAAAAAUAUUGUUAGAUAUUUAAAUUCCACAAUAUGAUGUACAUAAGAACUUGUUUGACUGUGCAUAUGAAGGUCUAUGGCAAUAUAAAUGUCUGGAAACGAAAGAAACACCUAUUUUGGCGAGGUGCUGGCUAAUAUAAAUGUCUAAAUGUCAUGCACUAAAAUACUCAGAUGCAAAGUACAGGUGGGGGAAAACUACAGUGCCCUCCACUGAUAUUGGCACCCUUGGUAAAUAUGAGCAAAACUGGCUGUGAAAGGAAUGUCUUUGUUUAUCCUCUUGGUCUUUCAUUCAAAAUAUUCACAAAAAUCUAACCUUUAAUUAAAGUAAAAUAAUUGAAAAUAAGAAAAUAAAUUCAUAAAACAUAUUUUUCUAAAAUAUAUGUGUGCCUCAAUUAUUGGAACCCCUUCAUUCAAUAAUUUGUGCAACCUCCAUUUGACAAGAUAACUGCUCUGAGUCUUCUCCUAUAAUGCAUAAUGAGGUUGGAGAACACAUGUUAAGGGAUCAGAAUCUCUCCAGAUCCUUCAGAUUCCGUGGUCCAUGCUUGUGGACCCUCUUCAGCUGACACGGCAAGGUUUUCUAUGGGGUUUAGGUUGUGGAUUGGGAUGGCCAUGGCAAAACCUUGAUUCUGUGGUCAGUGAACCUUUUUUGUGUUGAUUUUGAGGUGUGCUUUGGAUCGUUGUCCUGCAGGAUGAUCCAACCACGGCCCAGUUUAAGCUUUCUAGCAGAGGCAGUCAGGUUUUGAUUUAAUAUUCUUUACAUUUAACCUUUAUUUAACUAGGUAAGUCAGUUAAGAACAAAUUCUUAUUUUACAAUGAUGGCUUACCCCAGCCAAAACCUCCCCUAGCACAGAUGACACUGGGCCAAUUGUGCGCCGCCCUAUGGGACUCCCGAUCAUGGCCGGUUGGGAUACAGCCCGGGAUCUGUUGUGACGCCUCUAGCAAACUGUAGGUGCUUGGGUUUGUUUGAUCACAGCAAAUG